AAAUUCUGACUGAUAUGCACAAUUUAUUUCCUUUUAGGUCAUUGGCUGUGGCGAUUACAAACAGCUUCCCCCGGUCCCAAACAGAUUUUUGAACGAUGACGGAGACUACUGUUUUAGCAGUCCACUUUUUGAAGUCACGUUUCCUCAUCAUGUACAUCUGACAGAAGUUAUAAGACAGAAAGAAAAAGAGCUAGCGACGGCGGUGCAAGAGUUGUGUGACGGGUCACCGUCAGAAGCCACCCUUCAACUACUGAGGGGAUUAAACGACAAUAGCACAGAUUUGGCAGAAGAUAGGGUGAGGUUGUUUGGGACUAAUUUCGAUGUGCGGUUUGUCAAUGAAGAAAUGUUGGAUCUUAUGGAAGGAGAGGUUCACGUCUUUAAAGCAAAAGAUGAAGGAAACAGAAAUAUACUGCUGCGGUCUCCGGUUCCAAAAACACUACUUCUUAAAGAGGGUGCUCCGGUCAUAUUGAUAAAGAAUUUAGCUGGUAAACUGUAUAAUGGACAAAGGGGUACUGUUCAUAAACUUUUAAAUGGACAUCCGCCAAUCAUAAAUUUUAAUGGUGAAUUACAUAAAAUGAUGCCUGAAAAGUUUGAAGUAUUUGAUGCGAGUCAAAAUAAGGUAUUGGCAUCACGUUCCCAAAUACCAGUAAUUUUAGCUUUUGCUAUGACAGUGCAUCGUGCCCAAGGGCAGACAAUUCAAAACUUGGAAAUUGACAGUGCCUCGUUUUUCGCCCCUGGACAGUUGGGCGUAGCUGUUGGAAGGGCUGUUUGCAAGCAGGGACUUUGUAUCAGAAAUUUAAAUAUGACUUCUGCCUUUUUGAAACAUCCAAAGUCAGUUUAUGAAUUCUAUGAGAAGCCAUUUAAAGCAGUGGAAGCCGACAUAUCUUGUUGUUCUAAGGUUUUAGAUAAAUGUAUUGAAGAUCGACCUAGUGGACCACCUAUUGAGACGGACAUCUGCUUGUCGGACACAGAAGAAGACGCAGAGGAGGGGGUCGGAAUUGAACUACCCCGUGCAACCUGUCCAUUUAACAUUCAGGAAUUCAUAGCUGCAAAUAAAAGUACUGAAUUCAUAACUCUUCUUUCACCAGAAUUCAUUUCAUCAGAGCCAUUUAUUCAUCACCUGGAGUAUAUUCAAUUUAAAGUUAGUGCAUGUAUAGAAAAAGAUUCAAGCACACGACCUAUGUGGAUGGUUUCUUACCAGAACUUGAAUGAAUUUUUGGUCGGGCAAGAACACUUAAAUAGUAUAAGAAACGUGUUCAAGGUUAAAAAAAUGACAAAACUUCAAAAUAAAAUGUCUUCAAAACUUGCGUUCUGGGUGAUGGACAAAAUAAUUCAAGUAAAAGUUCAGGAAGUAGUAUCCCAACCAGUAGACCAACCGGAACCAACGACCUCCAAUGCUCAUUCAUUUUCUGAAGCUGGAAAUGCUAAAUUAAGGUAUAUCGCUGGUGUGUGUGUCCACAAAAUCAGAAACCGUUUAAGGGACUCUGUAGAAAGAAAUCUUGGAAAAAUUAAUAAAAAUAGCAAGCUUACCAGGCAAAUGAAUUAUAAGAAAGAAAAAAUGCUUAAAGCUCUCACAACGUCAGAGGACGGUGUGGAUCCAAGAGACUCUUCAAUGUCAGAAAUAGAAUUUAAGCAAAAUAAAUCUCGCGGUUUAACUGUUGUUAGUGAUGAACUUUUUAUAUUUUUCAAAAAUCUUCACUCCGCAUUACAGACACAAUUAACUUCUGAAAAUCUUCACAAGCAUAUUGACAGAAUUCAUACCAUUUGCAGAAAUCAUAUUGAUUAUAAAAGUAAUUUAUUAGGUAGUUGGAUUGGUUUAUUUAGUUCAGUACAGGAUGACAGCAUUGAGGACGAAAUUUUACUUGUACUGUUAGCAGAGUUGUACCAGGCCAUCAGCGAACACUUCAUUAAACUUUCAAUUGUUGACAGCUUGAAGCACUUUAAACGCUCUAUCCCAAGAAAGAAAAAGCAAGCGUUAAGAACAAAGAUUCAAGCGUUAGGAGAGAGAGCUGCCGGUGGUAAGAAAUCGGAUAACAUCGAAAGUCGGGAUAAAGAUUGUAAAACUAGAAAGAGAAAGGUAACUGGAAAGGGGAAAAGUAAGAAAGUAAAAAAAACAGAUGCCGUAGAAGACUUAUUUAUAUGUCCAAGCUGUGACAAUGUUUGCGAGGAGGAGCCAAUAGAUCCUGAAGGUGAAAGUAUAGGCUGUGAUAAAUGUAAUGAAUGGUAUCACUAUGGGUGUGUUCAGCUAACAGGUGAUGAGUCAUUUUUACAAAGAAGUAACAGUACCUGGUUCUGUUCGUCUUGCAGCAAGAAAGGGAAAGGGAGGGGUAAAAGUACAAAGAAAUGAAUGUUUCAUUGAUAUUAUUAAUUACUUAAGAAAUAAUAACAUUAUUUAACAUUAUUUUUGUGCUGAAUUGUAGCAGAUACUGCCCAUGAUAAUACAAACAACUAAAAAAAACUGUAGCAGAAAAAACACUUAAUAUGUAUCUAUUUAUUUAUUUUUUGUCAACAUACUUGUCUUGUCAAAAGAAAAAUACUGUUGUCUAAUGUUCAAUGAUGAUUAUAUGAUCGCCAUAAUAUCUAUACAUAUGUCACAGUGUGUCGUCAUACAUGUAUAAACCAACUCCAUGUCGUCUGCUAAAAUGUCUUAAGCUUUAUGUUUUUAGUUUUUUUCCAAGUUCUCAAAAUUCAGAAGAAUUAUUGUAAAAUUGUCGAACUGCUUGGAACCUGACCAGAUCCCAGUAAAGGCUAUAUAUAAUAAAGAUCUAUUUGACAUUGCUCUCUAUAUGCUGGACAUCUAUAUGCUCGGCAUUGUUCUCUAUACAAAUGGAUAUCAUACCUUGUUCUCUAAAUAUCAAAUUAUGUUCUCUACAUAUUAAACAUUGUUCUCUAAGGCAUUUACCUUUAUCUUUGAAUAUAAGACAUUAUGCCUCUUCUACAUGUUGGAAUUUGAUAUCUAUAUAUAAGACAUUGCUCUCUAUACUUGAAGUUGAUCUAAUAUUGUGUUCUCUAUACAUUGGACGCUUUUCUAUAAAUAUUGAACAUGGUUCUGUAUACAAAAUACAUGUUUAUAUUUUU